AUGAAAACGUUAACUUUAUAUUUAAAAAUUACUACAUUCCUUCUUUUAAUUUGGAUAUAUCUAUGUUUUUAUAACUGUGAUUCCUAUAGAACAUUGAUUGACAAAAAUAUAUUGCAAACAAAAAAUGAGUUAAAACAUGAAAGAGUAUUAACAGAGGGUGACAUAGAAGGAAAAAAGCAAACCUACGCUGAAGGAUGCCAAGAAGAAUAUCCAUUAGAUAAUGAAAAAAACAAAUGUAAAAAUCCAGUUCAAUGCGAGAAUCCGUGCGAUCAAUGGCAUAAUGUCAUUAUUCCAUCAUUGUGGGAGGACUUUGAUAAAGAAACAAGUGAAAUGGACCCUAAAUUAAAAGAAAAAAAAUGGAAUGUUGAAUGGAAUCAAAUUUCAGCUAAAAAAGUUAAUGAUCUGUCUUCAAUAUAUAAUCGACAAGAUAUUUCAGAAGAAGAAAAAAAAAAAAAAAUUUAUAGUGUUAUGAAAGAACUUAUCUCAGAAUUUGUGAAAUUUUUAUACGAAUGUAAGAAAGAGAUGAGAAGCAAUAGAACAGAAUCGGAAUCUAAGAAAGAGAUGAGAGACAAUAAAGCAGAAUCAGAAUGUAAGAAAGAAAUCGAAGAAAAUAAAACAGAAUUGGAAUCUAUGAAAGAGAUGAAAGAAAAUAAAACAGAAUCCGAAUCUAAGAAUGAUAUGAGAGACAAUAUAACAGAAUUCGAAACUAAAAAAGAGAUGAUAGGCAAUAAAACAGAAACCGAAUCUAAGAAUGAGCAGGGAAUAAAUAAAAUAAAAAAUAAGAAAUAA